UCAAACGCCACCAAGUCAACUCAUCAUCAGCAGACUCAGCCCAGCAGAUCAUUAUUUUUUCCUCUCUUGUCGCUCGCUCUUGGGCCGUCGUGGCUUCUGACCUGCUGGUCCACCCGUCCUUUUGCACCUUCACUUCGUCUAGUCUACUGGGUUCUGAGGGAUUGUUGAGGAUUGAAGAGGGGGUAUCUUUUUUUGGCGGUUUAGGUCGGUGACAGGACAGAAUUUGAGGGGACACCGGAUUGAGUGAGGACCCGUCGCCAAGAUGGCUUAUCAGUCAUUUUGGAGCGCCUAUAUGGACAUCCCCAUCGUGACGAGGGCGUAUACGACGGCCUGUGUCAUCGCCACACUGGCAGUGCACAUGGAGCUGGUCUCCCCUUACGAUUUGUACUUCAAUCCGCACUUGGUGAUUUUCCAACACCAGUGGUGGCGACUGUUUACGACGUUUCUGUUCUUUGGCACGCUAAGCUUCAACUUUGUAUUUAACAUUAUCUUCACGUACCGCUAUUGCCGAACUCUGGAGGAAUCCUCGUUUCGUGGACGAACGUCGGAUUUUGUAAUAAUGUUCGUCUUUGGAGCUGUUCUGACUCUGAUAAUCGCCUACUUUGCCAAUCUGAUCUUCCUUGGACAUGCGUUUACUCUUAUGCUCGUGUACGUCUGGUCUCGUAGAAAUCCAAUGAUUCGUAUGAAUUUCUUUGGAAUUCUGAACUUUCAGGCUCCAUAUCUUCCAUUAGUGAUUUUGGCAUUUUCACUGUUACUCGGGAAUUCUGUGCAAAUUGAUUUGAUUGGAAUAUCGGUAGGACAUAUCUACUAUUUUCUGGAAGACGUAUUUCCCAAUCAACCUGGUGGCUUCAGGAUUCUCAAGACCCCUGGGUUUUUACGGAAUAUUUUCGAUCCAAUUGAAGAAGAUCCCGGCUACAACCCUUUGCCAGAAGAUAGACCUGGAGGAUUUGACUGGGGUGCUGGUGCACCAAAUCGAGAUGACGAUGCUGCUGCUGCUGCUGCUCCUGAACGUCCUGCCGGGGAUGAUAACGAUGCUGAUCGUCCGCCCAGGAAUCCGAAUAAUCAACAGUGAUGAACGUCACCAUUCUCUAUAAAACUCUAAAAACUAAAAAUCACUCUGAAUUAAAUGUGAUAACAUUUGGGGGUUAUCUUGGUCAUCUAUUUUCUUAAUGAUACGUGUAUUGUGAGUAUUAGAUACAAGGAGCUCCCACUUCUAUGUAUUUUGUAUAUUUUAAAAAUAUUUAUUUCCUUUAAGCAUGGUUGAUGUGUCUCUUCUCUCUGUAUGGCACAGCGCCUCUCAGUAAUCAACGUGUCCCAAAGCUGCUACUCAGUCACUCAUAGGCUUUAUAGUUUAAGUGAAUUGAAUGUAACAAAAUACAAUGAGUUAUAAAGAAAUACAUGUUGUUUAUGAUACGUUA